UCGGUAUGGCCAAGUGAUAACCACGUCAUUUGUCUCUGCGCUGUGUGACUACAUCCAUGGGGACUCUGAAAAUGUUUGCUGGAGCUUUUGUUCUCUAUUUCUUUCUGGGUUCUGGUGUGUUUGCCACAGACGAAACAAGCUUGAUAGACAUUAUAAUCAAACUUCAAGCUAUGCAAGGAACUAUAAAUGAAAACCGAAAAAAGCUUCAGACAAUCCCAAGCACACUUGAAGAUCUGAAAGAAACGGUACAAGAUAUUCAAAGCAAGCUUAAGACAAUCCCAAGCAAACUUGAAGAUCUGAAAGAAACUGCACAAGAGAAUCAAAACAACCUUCAGGCAAUCCCAAGCAAAUUUGAAGACAAUAAUAUCCAGCUCAAAACUAUAGAAGGAACUGUACAAGAUAAUCAAAACAGACUCCUGGCUAUUCCAAACAAAUUGCAAACGCUUCAAGAAACUGUACAAGAAAAUAAAAAGCUACUACAUGUGUUGGAGAUACUAUUACGCAUUCCAAUCGAAACUUGUAAAAUUGAUAUGAACAGAACUCUAUUUACAAAAUACUACACGAUCUAUGGUGAAAAACUGGCUUUGUGUGAUACAGAAACUGACGGUGGAGGAUGGAUUGUUAUUCAGAGACGCAUAAAGGGAGACGUUUUAUUUAAUAGAACCUGGGAAGAAUAUAAGCAAGGAUUUGGUUCCGUCGAAGGGGACUUUUGGAUAGGAAAUGACAAAAUCUCAAGUUUGACUAUGAUUGGCUACAAUGAACUUAGGUUUGACAUGAAAUAUAAAGGUGCAUCCUACUACAUGGUAUACAGUAAUGUGAAGGUGGGAAAUGAAGCAGAUUUGUAUAGGUUAAAGUUUACAUACAAGACAGGCAACACUACAGACAACUUGAGUUAUCACAAUGGAAUGGCUUUUUCCACAUUUGAUAAAGACAAUGAUGGAGAAGCUGGAGGCAGCUGCGCCCUGGCAUUUAAGAGCGGCUGGUGGUUUAACAGAUGCCAUCUUGUGAACAUGAACGGCGUGUGGGCAUGUAAAGCCAAUGCUGAAGGAAUUAACUGGAUAGCUAUAACACAAUAUAUAGAUUCUCUGGAAUACAUCGAGAUGAAACUACGUCGACUUUGAACUUUAAAGAUUAAACCUAACAGCUCUCUUCACAUAUGUGGCAUUUCUUUACUAAAGUUUGAAAAUCGAAAGAAAUGUUACCUAAUUGUAUUCCUUCUAUGUUUUAAGAGCAUUAAAAGCUGAUCAACGA